AGUGAAACCACAGCAGAGGAGCUGAAGACGCGAAAGACCCUCAAAUCACUGCGGAACCUCUGGCGCUGCUCCCUCUCCACAGUCAGUCUACCCCGGUACAUUCACAAGCAACAUGCCGUCUCCUAAAGCUAAGAACCCGGCUCGCAGCGGAGGCAGCCCGGUGUUCGGCAGCUCCAACGGCCGCUACGACUUCAAGUCCCUGACGAAGCCGCUGAACCGCUCCUCGCCGCCGCCGCACCUGCUCCAGCGGCAGGGCUCCGACCCGACCACGGCCCGGCUCCGGGCCUCGGAGAGCCCUACGCGCCGCCGGGGCUCCAGCUCCUCCACGGGCUCGGCGGCGGACGAAGACGGGAUCCGGCUUAACCCGUCCUUCGUCCGCGUCGCGCUCAGCUCCCUGCUCGCCAUCGACCUGUGGCUGUCCAAGCAGCUGGGGGUGUGCGCCUGCGAGGACGCGUCGUGGGGCAGCAUGCGGCCCCUGAUGAAGCUGAUCGAGAUCUCCGGACACGGCAUCCCCUGGCUGGUGGGCACCGCCUACUGCCUGUACAAGAGCGACACUGCUGCAGGACAAGAAGUCAUGCUCAACCUCUUCAUGGGCUUGCUGUUGGAUAUCCUCCUGGUUGGCAUUGUUAAGGCAGUGGUGCGUCGACGUCGGCCAUCACAUAAUCGCAUGGACAUGUUCGCCACCUUUUCCGUGGACAGCUACUCCUUCCCUUCCGGCCAUGCCACCCGUGCCGCCAUGUGCGGACGUUUUUUCCUGACUCACCUCGUGCUGGCCGCCCCUCUGAGGGUCCUGGUCCUGCUGUGGGUCGGCCUGGUGGGCCUGAGCCGAGUGAUGCUGGGCAGGCACAACGUGACUGACGUGGUGUUUGGGUUCUGGAUGGGCUACUGGCAGUACAACCUGGUGGAGAUGCUGUGGCUCUCCCCUCAGACCCUGCAAGGGAUGAUGGGACAGUUAUUUUAACUCAAAGGACUGAAGGAGGAGGGAAUGUGGCAGUUUAAGUCUUGAUUGUAAGAGCACCUGCACACCUUUUAUGAGAUGAUUGGUGGUUGUUUAUCUCGAGAGGAGAUCUCCAUCACACAUAGUUUUCUUCUUCUUUUGUCUUAAAUCAAGCUUCUUUUUUAUUCAUACGAGACCUGAAGGGGGCAGAUUUGACCAGUUUACCUCCGGAAGCCCCAUCAGUUGACCUGAUUCAUGGUUAAUAUGAAAAUUGAAGUGUGACAGUUGCUUUUAACUUUGGAAAUUAGUUUGGCUGCAAGCAUAUGUUCGCUGUUUAUUUCAUGCUCCUGUUCACUUCAAGUGAAAACAUCUAUUCACACAUCCAUAUCACUGUUAUUCCUAUUGCUUUGACAACAUCACACAAUAAUUCAAAGUACAUAAACAGAUGACUACUUUACUUGGAUGGAAAACCAACAAAUCUUAAUCAUUAUCAGGGCAUGCACAUAAGUAACUUGAUAUCAUGCACUUUAUUGUCGUCAUAUAAGUAAACCGCCUUGAAUCACUACUUAAAUCAAAAUUCAUUAAAAAAAAUGUGCCAUGGUCUAAGGAUUAUUAUUAUUAUUUAAUAAUAAUAAUAAUAAUCUUUUUAUUUAUUUAUUUUUCUUCACAGUUUAUUCAGUCAGAAGGAGAAGUGUGUGUGUUGGAGUCCUCUUCUAUAAGCAUUGACCAUUUCAAUUAGUUUACUAAGGAUAAAGAACUACUGUACAAUACAUUUGUCAAUAGGAGGAAGGAAUAUUAUUUAUUGAUUGGACUUGAGUCUUUAUACCUUUCUUCACAUCGUCAAUGAAAAGCAAUGAGCUUUUAAUCUACUAAAGUGUAACAGCCUGAAGAGGGGUCAUCACUGAUAGACCUGGCUGAUGGUAAAGGGGUAACAUAUCUGCUGCUUGACUUCAAAACAUCAACAAUGGCUGUAUAUUUAUGAUUUGUCUUGUUGGUUGCUGUUAGAAGUUAAAUACAUUUAUUUAUAAGGCAAACAAGUGAAGUUGGAGUCACAGAAAUGCAAAAAAUCCUGACAAAGCGAAAUGAGAUCUGUGACAGUUCAGGUUCAAUCAGCUGAUUCAACACAAAAGAAACUAUUUAUGCAGUCCUCGGCGGAGGGAAGCAAAUUCAAUUACUUAUAAAGUUUCCGUUAUACCUAAACGACUGUGGAUAAAAUGACUUAGUCAUAAUUCUCAUACUAAAUCUCUGUCAAAGAAAAUAGUGUAAUAUUAAUGAAAUAUUGAAAAAAUAACAGAUUAAUCAUAGGGCUUAAUAAGCUGCGACUUUACCUCUGCCCUCACCGUUCGACAAGAGUGAGGAGACACUACAAAAAAUAACUUAAAACGUAAAAGAGAGGGACGCAACUGUGGGCCGACAGAAGUGCAACAGAUGCUGUGUGUGCGAUAACAACUCAACAGGACAGAACUGAAGCAUCUCCAACUAUAAGUUUUAUCAAAAAGGAAGAUUAACAACAGUUUGGACACAUUUUUCUGCAUCUGUUCAGAUUUUUUUGCAAUUUUACGCUUUUGAUGUGCAUCAGAGGACUUAUAUAAAUUUACAUGUAUAUUGACUUUUGUCAUGGUGAUUUUGAUGAAAAUUAUAUCGUGAUAGUUAUUGUUUUAUCGGCAGACCGAAAUAAGACCCAAGUUUAACCUGCAUAAUUAGCCUGAAUUCCACAGUUCUUUGGAAACAGUGUCUAAUGCACUAACUUGAAUAUGAUAUGUGAAGUUGUGGAGUAACGGUUGGACAGAUUUAAUAAUAAUAAUAAUAAUAACUUUAUUUAUGGAGCACUUUUCAAUACAAAGUACAAGGUUCUGCACAGCAAAACAAAUGCUUAAAACAUGGAAAUAAGUACAUAGAAAUAAUAUAUACUAAUAUAGUAAUUAAUGUCUAAAGGACAAUAGCAGCCUGGCAUCCUAAGUAAAUUUAGGAAUAUGCCUUUUGGGGAAAGUACGUUUUAGCCGAGACAUAGAAGACAACAGUCUUAGACAGCCUUAUUUCCUCAGGCAAUUCAUUCCAGAGCCUUGGGCUCCUGAUGGCAGACGCUCUUUCCCUCUUAGAGUUGAAGGCUUUUUCCUGUGUUUCCAUUAUCUCUGUUUAAUACUUAUUCUCAGUUGUCAGACUCAAGGCAAUAAUCAGUAAAGGGAAGAACAGUUAGUGUUGCAAGUUAUUAACGAAGAAGUGACUCUUUGAAAAUCACCAUGACUCUUUAGAUCUCACCAUGUGGGCCACGUCUACUGCUCCUCGCAUGUUUUAUAUUUACAUAUCGUGUGUAUAUAUAUUUCUGCUAGUUAAUCCUUCCCAUCACUCGUCUCAUUGACUGGUCGUCAGGUGCACACAUUAAUGCCUAGAGUCAGCAUGUUUGAUGAUAAAACCAUAUCCACGCACCAACCCACUGACUGGGAGUUCAGUGCCAAAGCUGAGAUUCAACAUUAAUGUUCUAACCGUAUAUUUUUCAAGUUGUCAAGAUGUUGCACAACCACUUCACACACACACACUCAUUCAUUUUAGCACUGCCAGAGACCAAAACUUGUAAAUCUGCAGGUGCAUUUUAAUUUCCGUGUGUGCUGGUUUGUUUUUACUUUGUCUGUUAUUGAGGAUUUUGUUCAGAUGUUUGAAUAUUUGGUUUCGGUGUAAUUGUGUAUCAGCUGUUUACAGUUCAGUGGACAGAUCGAAUGUUUCCUUUCUUGUGUGUGUGCAGCUUUUACUACUAUUGUAUUUCACUUUAUGAAAUGGUUUUUGACCUAUGAAUUAGUUGGUCCUGAUAUCUGGUAUGAACCAGCUUAAUAUAAACAGACUGUUGUAUGUAUAUACUGGUGCCCACUCGCACACUGUUCUAUUGACCUCUGUCUUGCUGUGCCCUCAUUCUGCAAUAAGUGACCAAUAUCGGUGGAUAAUGCAAUGGCAGCCUACAGCCUUUUCAUUUCAGUGCACUUCUGUGGCAAAUCUAAAUAUGCUGGAUAUCAUCAUGACCAAACAUUUUUUAUGAUUGAUUUAUUUCUUGUUUUACGUGUUGAUGUUGAGAAGAAUCUGAAAUAUCAGACAAUAUGUUUACUACAGGCUCAGUGUGUUUGUGUUAGGGAUAGAUUUUGCACAUUCCACCUUUGUACACCAUCCUCAAGAAAGAUGCAUAUUUAAAUUUUUUCCGCUACUAAGCGAAUCCCACUUUGUGAAACAUGAAGCCAGCUCUAAUAUACUUCACUGCACACAGUCUUGCCUGCUGUAUGAUAUAAAUUGUUAAUGCGUAUCCUGUACAUAUGUACAUAUUGUAAUGACAUGAGAUUCCACUGUGUUAUGUUCCAUUUUCUCUGAAUGGCCAUUCCCGGAUAAUUUGAUUGUAGUGGUGGUUUUUAAUUAAACUGGGAAGAAAUCUGAA